AUGGCCCUCGCCACCGCCGCCGCCGCGGCUAUCUCCGUCCACCCCUUCCUCUCCCGCCCCGCCUGCGUCCUCCGUUGCGGCCGCCGCAUCCGGCCCCUCCUCCUCCUCCGCGCCUCCUCAACCUCUUCCUCAGACUUCAACAUCACCUUCGCGGAGCCCGCCCCGUCCAAGGCCUCGCCCUCCGGCCAGUCCGCGCAGCCGCUGGUCCCCUGGAUCGCCCGCGGGGCGGACGGCAAGCCCGCCCUCCACACCUCUCCGCCGCCGGACGUCCUCCAGGCCGUCGCCGCGGCCGAGGCGGAGGCCAAGAGGGCCAAGAAGAGCCAGAAGGGUGCCGCCGGUGACGCCAGCCUCAAGGUGAAGGAGAGGAAGGCCGCCCCGACCGCGCCGCCCAAGUUCUCCAAGGCGGCCAGGAGAUUCUACAACGAGAAUAUCAGGGAGCACGAGCCGCAGCGCCUCGCCAAGGUCCUUGCCGCUGCAGGAGUGGCCUCAAGAAGGACCAGCGAGGAGCUCAUCUUCCAAGGGAAGGUCACUGUCAAUGGUUCUGUCUGCACUUCUCCCCAGACCAAGGUUGACAUCGCAAAGGAUUCUAUCUACGUUAACGGGAAUCGCAUUGCGAAGAAGCUGCCUCCAAAGCUGUAUUUUGCUGUGAACAAGCCAAAAGGGUACAUUUGCUCAUCUGGCGAAGAAAAGUCUGUUAUCUCCUUAUUGGAUGACUAUUUAAAAGGCUGGAACAAACUUCAGCCAGGAACACCAAAACCACGCUUGUUUACUGUGGGUCGUCUUGAUGUUGCCACAACUGGUUUGAUAGUAGUUACAAAUGAUGGUGAGUUUGCCCAGAAAGUUGCACACCCUUCUUCAAAUAUAACGAAAGAAUAUGUAGUAACUAUAGAUGGAGCAGUGCACAAGAAACACCUCAUAGCUAUCAGCGAAGGAACAAGAAUUGACGGUGUCAAGGUCGUACCUGAUUCUGUAGAGCCAUUGGAUGCACAAACUGACACAAAAAGGACCCGACUUAAAAUAGUGGUUCAUGAAGGAAGAAACCACGAAGUUCGUGAACUUGUGCAGAAUGCAGGACUAAAGGUCUACGCAUUGAAACGUGUUCGGAUAGGCAGGUUCCGCCUCCCAUCAGAUCUGGGGAUUGGGAAGAUGGUUGAACUUAAAGAAGCUGACAUCAAGGCACUCGAAGGCGACCAACGUGCUAGCCCAAAGACCCGCGAUUCUGUUAGUGUAGAAGUUAAAUAGGGACUAUAAGGCAACGACAACUAGAGUGGUGGUCACCUGAGUUCAUGGGCACUGUUUUUGACACCGACUGGACAAUCACGUCGCCGUCAAAGGAUGAACACCUUCCUUGUUAGGUGUCAAGGCGAUAGCUACUCCAAGCCCAAAGGGCCGUGCUAGCCUAACUUAAAUAGAGGCUUUACCCUGAUGGUCAAGUGAUUUUGCUUCCAAGAACACAUGAGCUGCUUGGCUGAAGAAUUUUCGGGAUCCCAGUGGUAGCGGUAUGCUCAGAUAGCAGAGUUGGUUUUUCUUUUGAGAUUGUAGCAGAGUUGGUUAUAUUGGCUACUCUUAUGUACAUUUACCGAUUUAUCUGUGAAAUGUAUAUGCUCUUAAUCGAGUCA